GUGGUGCUCCUCCUGCCUCAGCCUCGUAGUGCUGGGAUCACAGGCAUGCACCACCAUGCCUGGUGGGGUUGAUUUAAAACAGCCACAGAACAACUACAGGACAACUUCACUUCAGGGUUUCUACUGUUACCCUUCCACAGUGACUGGAUGGGGAAAAGCCAUAGGAGAUAGUUGCAGAUUAGACAUAGAUUCCCCUGAGAAGUUUAAGCUCAGCCUGGGAAGAACAUGGAACCCUGCCCUCUGUGAUGAGAAGCCAGGCCUGAUGUGUGGUUUUUCAGAAGCAGCUGGAUCUCGCAUUAAGACCAGUGGUCUGCUUGAACCCUCAACCUACUGCCUACAUCCAGCACAGUGUAGAGAGGUCUGAUCACUUUCCCAUCAGCCAACAUGAGCAAGAACAUGCUUCAGCUAGGACAGUUGCCAUAGCCUGGGAAACCAGGUCCACCUAUCUCCAAGCAAUAGGCUCAGCGAGCAGCUCCUUCUGAGGUGUGGCUAAACACUGCAGAUCUUGAGUGGAACCUUCUGGAAGACUGUUGGCGUUGAGCAGACCUCAGCAUCUCUUCCUGCGUGCUCUUUGGCAGCUCCUCUUGGAAGCACCUUAGAUCACCAUUAGCUGUGUUCCUGCUUCCUGUAUCACCGGCAUGUCAAACCUGGUCCAGUCUUUAAACCAGGCAGAUCUAGGAAGGCUUGCUACUGGCCAAACCAAAGGGCCUCAGGGGGCUAUGUCUUCAGAAGUCAGGCAUCAGUCAGCUCAGAAGAACAGCCCAGUGGCUUCUUUUGAUCCACUUCUUGAAGUAGUUACCACUAGGAACCCAAUCAUGAAUUGUACAAAGGCAGCUGACCAUCCUGGCUUUGCUGGUUUGCUGAUGAAAAACAAGAAUGUUUUAUCUGAGCUAAGAACUCUUCAAAGAAAACUUUUCAGAGAAGAGACUUCAUUGCGAGAGACAAAGACUGAACUAGCAAGGUACAAAGAACAGCAGUCAUUCCAGAUCAUGUCCCUGAGAGAUGACGUCAAGGGCCUGCAGGAAUUUAUUACUUCCCUAACCAGAAUGAAGUCUUUGAAAGACUCCAAUAUUCAGAGUCUUGAAAGAGGCAACUGGGAUCUAGCUAAACGAGUUACAGAACUAGAAAACCUUCUAAGAGUACUUCUGGCUGAAAGAGAAAAAGGAAAGCAAAAAGCAGACUUUUUGAUGAAUAAAUUGUCACGUACGAGCAGAUUCCCUCCUGUGAAUAUAAAAGGACAAGAGGAUCCUUUGGAUAUUUUUCUAGUGAAGGAAAAGGGCAAAUCAGUCCUGGCCAGAGAAUUUGAGACAGAGAUUAUCCACUCUGAAGGACCAAAUGAUGUGCAGAAAGUUUGGGAUAAAUGUCAACAAGAUGUGUUCCAUGAGGAAAAACAAACAUCUGAGUUAGAUGGACCUCCAUAUUCAUGCAGCCAAGAAGUUAAAACUGCGCGAUCCCAAUAUCAGGAUUUCCUCAGUCAGCUGGAUGCUCUUCUGAGUGACAGCAGUAGGCCCAUCCCAGCCACAGAGGACACUGUGAAGGAGAGGAUUCAAGAAAUUGGUGCAAAUGAACAAUCAUGGAAAUAUAGAGCUGAAGGCCUGCAGCAGAAAAUUCAGAAGCUCAUUAAGCGACUGGAGCAGCUGUAUCAAAUAUAUGAAGAGCCUGCUCACACUGGAGAGAAUUAUAGGGAACGAAAUAGACUCUCUAAAUGUCUGGAAGGAAACAUUGCUAUGAAUGACUGUUUUCAAGGGAAAUUAGACUUAGACAAGAAGAAAUUAAUUUCUACAAAGGAAAGCUCCAUGAUGCAGAAUUUCCUGAUAGAUAAGCACAACAAGUUCAAACACUUAGAUAUGUUACUGGAUAUUCAGCAGAACUUGCAGGUUGCGACAACACUAAGAUUGGAGGACAAAAUCCAGAAACUUCAGAAACAGCUUAGUGAUUUGAAAUUGUCAAACAAAACUAUGAAAACUCAACUGUCAAGAGUAAAUAUCCUUAAAGACAAAACACUUGAAAAGCUCAGGAAAUCCCUGAAAAAAGUUGAAACAAUGAAAGAGAAGGCAGCUGCGAAAACAGACAACUUGAAAACCACAGUGGACUCCACAAAACAAGAGGCGCAAUCGGAGAAAGAGAGGGCUCGAGACGGGUUAAGAGGUGUCUCUCCUGAGCGCUCCAUGGCACGGAGCGCACUUGGAGAAGCAUCCAGACAGGAACGAGAGCUUGCUGACUUUCGGGAAAUGAUUAUGAGGAUAUUGGGAUGGAACAUGAAAACAGCAGACAAAGAAAUCAUCAAUCAGCUGAAGCUUAUCAUACAAGUUUAUGAAAUAACUAACAAAUCAAAGAUUGCUUCUGCUUGUGAGAAGGGACAAGACAAGAAAUAAAGAAGUUCUUUUUUUCAUUGCUGCCAAUAACCCAGCAGAUGCGGAUAUUUCCUACAUCAUCUUGAAUAUGGCCACAUUAUGAAUAAAAUGUCCUGGAAAAUUUUCACUGAAAUCUGUCCCCUCUUGUAAUGUUUGGCAUUUAACCUUUAUAAUAAUCGGGUUCUAUGGAUUUAUUUAUGGUCUAGCCUGGAUUGUUGCUUAUAAUGUAUAAUUAUCUAAUUACCUUUCAUUACUAAUAUUAUUAUUACUAUUAUUGUUUUUGGUACUGGGAAUCGAACUUGGGACCUUGCAUUUGUGACAGGCAGCGGAACCACUGAGCUAAAUCGCUGGCCUGACUAAUGGUAUUUUAAGCAGGAUAUGAAUCUGUUUUGUUUUGUUUGUUUUUUUUUUUUAGUACUGGAGAUUGAACUCGGGUCCUUGCACUUGUGAGGCAGGCGGUGGAACCACUGAGCCAAAUCCUUGGCCCAGGAUAUGAAUCUGAAACUUGUAUUCUUAGUCAGGUGUGGUGGCACACAUAUGUAAUCCCAUACUUGGGAGGCUAAAGCAGGAGGAUU